AUGUGCAAAUUUGGACAAUUUAUCAAUUAUGAGGCUGAAUAUUAAAAUCUAGAUUGUAAAUGCCUUGAAAUUUUGAAUGAUGGGAAAAUUACAGGAAAUGAACAAUGUGAUUAUAUUGCUAUUCAAAUUAUAUUCUAUUUGAUAGAUGUCAUUUAUGCUUAUUUUCAUCUAAUGACUUUUGUAAUACUUAAAUUGGUUAUUACUUUGAUAAAUCAAAAAAUAACUGUUAUAGAGUGUGUGGAGAUAGAAUUGUAAUACCUGAUAAGGUGCUUGUUUUCUUUUAGCUUACAUAGGAAUUACUGUAAAGAUUAAUUACUAAUUGAAAUAAAUUAGAUUCUUUAUGAUAUUCUGUUAUUCCUUUCCAUCAUAAUUCAUUAUUCAGGUUGUCUUUUAUUUUGGAUUUUAUCUUACUUCAAUUUAAAAAUUCUUCAAUGGUAUGAUAAAGCUUUGGCUAUCAAUCCUUAAUAUUUAAAUUCUUUGCAUAGCAAAUGUAAAUUAAUAUAAGUUAUUUAAAGGUGAUUGUUUAUUUAGUUUGGGUCAAUUUGAAUAAGCUAUUGAAUGGUUAGAUAAAGCUUUGGCUAUCAAUCCUUAAAAUAUAGAUUCUUUAAAUGGCAAAGGUAUUACUAUUAUCUAUAUUUAAAGAGCUUUGCCUUUAAUAUCUUAAUAAUUGA